AUGCUGCAGCAGCAGGUGGACGACGUGAAGCGCCUGUGGGCCAAUAAGCGGCAGCUGGCCCACCAGGGCCUGAACCUGGCCAUGGUGGUGCUGACCGCGCUCAUGAUCUGGAAGGGGCUCAUGGUCUACACGCAGAGCGAGUCGCCUGUCGUCGUCGUGCUCAGUGGCAGUAUGGAGCCGGCCUUCCAACGCGGCGACAUCCUGUACCUGGACAACACGAAGCCGCAGCUUGAGAUUGGAGACAUCGUCGUGUACAAGGUCAAGGGUCGAGAUAUCCCCAUCGUGCAUCGAGUGCUGGAACUGCACGAACGGGCGGAAGAUGGAUAUCAGGUCUACCUCACGAAGGGUGACAACAACAACGUGGACGAUCGUGGACUAUAUGCGUACGGCCAGUCAUGGCUUGAGCGCGAGGACAUUGUGGGCACCGCAAGAGCAUCGGUCCCGUACGCUGGCAUGCUGACUAUUUUGCUGAACGAUUACCCCGUGCUCAAGUACCUGUUGGUAGGUGGGAUGGCAGUGCUGGUUUUCACCCAAAGAGAGUGA